CUUCACCUUUUUCUUUUGUGUUGGAAGUUGGUAGAGCCUUCACCCAGGGUGCAAAUCGCUAUUUAGCCCCCUUCUGUUCCGUGAGACUCAUCGACUUGUCGUUCUCUCCUCGUCUCCGUACGCCAGAUCUGGUACCCUUCUCCGGCGGCCGGCGUGAUCAUGGUCGGUCCUGGGCACAGGAACAGUCAUGGAAAGCGGCAGUCUGAUUAUGCUGAAAAUGGAGGUGGCAAGAGAAGAAAUCCUGGUGGUGAUACAUAUGCUCCUGGUCCAGAUGACACUGUCUAUCGCUACCUUUGCACUUCUAGGAAAAUAGGGAGUAUAAUUGGGAGGGGUGGAGAAAUUGCCAAGCAGCUGAGGAGCGAUACUCAAGCUAAGAUUAGGAUUGGUGAGAGUGUCCCUAACUGCGAUGACCGAGUCAUAACAAUAUUUAGCUCAAGCAGGGAGACUAAUAUUAUUGAAGAUACUGAAGAUAAGGUUUGCGCUGCUCAAGAUGCUCUCUUUAGGGUUCAUGAGAAGCUUGCCACAGAUGAUGGUCCUGUGAACGAAGAAAAUGAAAUGGGUUUAGGUCAAGUUACUGUUCGGUUGCUUGUGCCAUCUGAUCAGAUUGGAUGCAUUAUUGGAAAAGGUGGGCAUAUCAUCCAGGGAAUCCGCAGCGACACUGGUUCACAAAUACGUGUUCUUAGUAAUGAACACCUUCCUGCAUGUGCUACUAGUGGUGAUGAACUUCUCCUGAUAAUUGGGGAUCCGAUUGUAGUUAGAAAAGCUCUUCUCCAAGUGUCAUCUCGCCUCCAUGGCAACCCAUCCAGGUCACAGCAUCUCCUUGCGUCCAGCUUAACCCAACCUUUUCCAGCGGGCUCCCGCCUUGGUAGUUCCUCUACUGCACCAGUUGUAGGGAUUACUCCUAUGGUUAGUCCUUAUGGACGAUACAAAGGUGAUAUAGUGGGAGAUUGGCCUUCUAUAUACCAACCACGGAGGGAGGUGAGCUCUGCAAAAGAGUUUACCCUGCGUCUGCUUUGUGCUGCGGCGAAUGUCGGAGGUGUAAUUGGAAAAGGAGGUGGAAUUAUCAAACAGAUUAGGCAAGAAUCUGGAGCUUUUAUCAAAGUGGAUAGUUCGAGUGCUGAAGAUGACUGUAUAAUUACAGUUUCGGCAAAGGAGUUCUUUGAAGAUCCUGUCUCUCCAACAAUUGAUGCUACAGUCCGUUUACAGCCAAGAUGCAGUGAGAAAAUUGAUGCAGAAUCGGGGGAGCCAUCAUAUACUACACGUUUGUUGGUGUCGACAUCACGGAUAGGGUGCCUGAUCGGCAAAGGUGGUUCAAUCAUUACGGAGAUACGAAGAACAUCGAGAGCAAACAUACGGAUCAUUUCGAAGGAGGAUGUUCCAAAAGUAGCAUCGGACGAUGAAGAGAUGGUCCAGAUCGGCGGAGAUCUUGAUGUUGCAAGGCAUGCUCUUGUGCAAAUAACUACAAGGCUGAAAGCCAACUUCUUUGAAAGAGAAGGUGCUUUAUCAGGUUUUCCACCUGUGAUCCCAUAUCACCCUUUGCCUGCUAGUGUGCCCGAUGAGCCAAAGUAUCUAAGCAGAGACAGUAAGUCUGCUGGGCACGAUUAUCCAUAUUCCAUUGGAUAUCGUGCAUCAGACGAUGUGCUUCCUGUUGACCGUUAUGCAAAUUAUGGCAGCUCCCAGGUCUACGGAGGCGGCUAUGGUGCUUACAGUGGUGGUUCUGGCAGCAGCGGGUUAUCUGGCUCUACCUAUCUUUCAUCUGGAAAACGCUAUGGCUAUUAAAAUGCAGGUUGUCGAAUCAACAGCUCAGCUCUCUUCCGAUGAACCUGUCCGUUUCACAUUUGCACCCCUGCCCAAUCCUUUACUGAAAACAGCCAAGACCAAUGAAGUUUGGAGCCUGCUUAUUGGAGCCCCUACCCAAACCAGAUGACUGAGAGUAUGGCCCAACCUGGAAGCUUUGCUUAAGAGGACCUGUCUGGAUGCCAUAAACCCUCUGAUUUCCCUAGUAGAAUACAUUUACUCUAUCUUUUCCUCCGGGCCUGUGUGUGAUGCCCUGCCGUAAAUGUUCUGAACCUGUGUAUUGGAAGGUCACAUAUAAGAAUCUGUAUUUGUUGUCCUAAAACCUGCUUAGUAGUUUGUGCGAGAGACUUGGUCCCCUAUUCGCCAUCCAAAACUUAGGAGAUGCUACUUGCCCUUGCUUGCAAAUAUGCAUUCCUUCAUUGAUACAUACUAUCAUUCUUAGCAGUAGUAGUUCAGAA